AUGCGUUUGUUGGUGGUGGUGACAGUGGCUCUGGUCGUCCUGGCAGGAACAACCUCAGCCUUUUACCUCCCUGGUGUGGCCCCGCAUGAGUACUUUGAGACAGACCCCGUGGCCCUCAAGGUUAACAAGCUGACCUCUGUUCAGACCCUGCUUCCCAUGGACUACUACUCGCUCCCGUUCUGCCGUCCGCCCAAGAUCGAAGACGCGGCGGAAAACCUGGGCGAGCACCUCACUGGCGAAGCCAUUCACAACUCGCCGUACAAGAUUGAGGCUCUUGUGCCGCAGACAUGUGCAGUGCUCUGCCGGCGGCAUCUCUCGGCGGCCGACGCGUCGCUCUUCUCGGAGCGCAUCCGCGAGGAGUACCGGGUCCAUUGGAUCGUGGACAACCUGCCUGCGGCGACGCAUGCGCAGAUUGAGAUGGAUGAUGGCAGCGUGCGCGAUUUGUAUGAGGAUGGCUUUGCGCUCGGCUUUCUGGGCAACGAGGACAUGUUCCCCGGGACGCUCAACGGGGUUCCGUACCUCAACAACCACGUGGUCAUCCAGCUGCUGUACCAUCAGGAGGAGUCGUUUGAUGGCUCGCGGAUUGUGGGCUUUGAGGUCCUCCCAAUGAGCGUCAAGCACGAGUGGUCCGAGUUGGAGGAUGCGCAGCCGCAGACGUGCGACGACCUCAACUCUGCUGAGCCGCUGAGCGUGGUGGGCGAGACCGAGGUGGUGUGGACGUACGAGGUGGUGUGGGUCCAGAGCGACGUCCGGUGGGCCUCGCGGUGGGACACGUACCUCAUGAUGCAGGACUCGCAGGUCCACUGGUUCUCGAUCACCAACUCUCUCAUCAUUGUGCUCUUCCUCUCAGGCAUGGUGGCGAUGAUUAUGAUGCGUGCGCUGCACAAGGACUUUGACCGCUACAACGAGAAGGUUGUGGAGGAGGUUCAGGAAGAGACCGGGUGGAAGCUUGUCCACGGCGACGUGUUCCGCGCGCCGGUGCGGCCGAUGGUGCUGGCGGUGCUGGUGGGCUCGGGCGUGCAGAUUGUGGUCAUGGCUGUGAUCACGCUCUUCUUUGCGCUUCUCGGCUUCCUCUCGCCGGCGAACCGCGGUGGGCUGCUGACAGCGAUUGUGGUGCUGUACGUGCUCUCGGGCGCGUUUGCCGGCUACUUUUCGGCCCGCAUCUACAAGAUGUUUGGCGGCGUCGAGUGGAAGCAGUGCACGGUGUACACGGCAGUGACCAUGCCCGGUGUGGCAUUUGGCAUCUUCUUCAUCCUCAACUUUUUCGUUUGGGGUGAAAAGUCGUCGGGCGCUGUCCCGUUCCUCACCCUCGUUCUCGUCAUGUUCCUCUGGCUGGGCAUCUCGCUCCCGCUCGUCUUCCUCGGCUCAUACUUUGGCUUUAAGAAGGCGGCCAUUACGCCGCCGAAUGACAUGCGGGUUAAUCGCAUUCCGCGGCAGAUUCCGCUCCAGGUGUGGUACAUGCAGGACAUGCCGGCCAUCCUCAUGGCGGGCAUCCUGCCGUUUGGUGCCGUCUUUAUCGAGCUCUUCUUCAUCCUCUCCUCGAUGUGGCUCAACCAGUUCUACUACAUCUUUGGCUUCCUCUUUGUCGUCUUUAUCAUUCUCUGCCUUACCUGCGGCGAGAUCACCAUUGUCAUGUGCUACUUCCAGCUCUGCUCCGAGAACUACAAGUGGUGGUGGCGUGCCUUCCUCACCUCGGCCUCGUCGGCGGUGUACAUGUUCCUCUACUCGGCGUUCUACUUUUUCACCAAGCUCAACGUGACUUCGUUUGUCUCGGGCCUCCUCUACUUUGGCUACACGUUUAUCCUCUGCUUUGGCUUCUUCUGCAUGACCGGCGCCGUCGGCUUCUUUGCCUGCCUCUGGUUUGUGCGCAAGAUCUACUCGUCCAUCAAGGUCGACUAAAGCCCACAGCAGCCAGCUCUGGAAAUGAACAACACGUUACGAGA